AUGUCAGGUACUUAUAAUAGCAGCACAGAGAUUUUGUUUGUACAGCAAAUAAUUCAGGUUGUGCUGACUGAGGGACAAAUAAUGAAAGUAAUUUGUGCAAUACUAAUGUCUAUAUUAUUCAUCUGUUUUAAUGUCAUCAUGGUCUUCACUCUUUGGAGCAAGCCUGAUUUUAGGGAGACGCCACGCUACAUCCUGUUUAUCAACAUGCUCAUCAAUGACUCGAUUCAACUUCUCUUCACUUCCAUUCUGUUCAUUUUCAGUCUCAUCUUACUCCAGUUAGUCACGGCUACUUGUGCUUUUAUAGUUUUUGUUUCGGUUACAACUUUCCGUAACGCACCUUUAAACCUGGCUGUGAUGUCACUAGAGCGUUAUGUAGCCAUUUGCUUUCCUCUAAGACAUGCUGAAAUAGCCACUCAGAAAAGGACUCAUAUUGCUAUCGGAGUCAUUUGGUUUAUUGGUUCUAUAAAUUUUAUAAUUGAUUUGUUUUAUGUUGGAGUGAUGGACCAUAAAUUUUUGACCUCACAAAUUUUGUGCACACGAGAGAGGCUUUUCAUAACUAAAUGGCAAGCAGAAGCUUUACAGGCUUUUAGCAUAUUCUACUUUGUGUCAGUGUCUGUGAUCAUCCUUUUCACUUAUAUCAGCAUAUUGAUCACAGCCAGGUCCAUUUCAUCCAAUAAAGGAUCUGCUACAAAAGCUCACAAGACCGUGCUGCUGCACAUCAUUCAGCUGGGCCUGUGCCUCACCUCUUUUCUCUACGGCUUUAUAGAACGAGCUGCAGCAAUGGCUGGCAGCAGCAGCCUCUUUUCGGAUUUGCGUUAUCUGAAUUAUUUAUUUGUGCUGAUCUUACCACGAUGCCUAAGCCCACUCAUCUACGGACUGAGAGACGAGGCUAUACGACCAUUAUUCAUCUACUACUUUUGCUGUGCCAUAGGCAAACGAAGAUCUACUGUCAAUGUACAUUGA